GCCCGCUCUCGUGCGUCAGCGCGCAGCCCAGUAGGAGACGUCAUGAGCGUCUUACUACCCAACAUGGCGGACUUUGAUACCAUUUAUGAGUUGGAAGACGAAGAGGAUGAGCACGUAGUGAGUGAGGAACACUUGCCCAGAUACUGUCCGGAGCCCGUGGUGAUGCGAGGGGCCGGGCACAUCACAGUGUUUGGACUGAGCAACAGAUUUGACACAGAAUUUCCCUCUGUUCUCACGGGAAAGGUAGCGCCAGAGGAAUUCAAAACCAGCAUCAGCAGGGUGAAUGCUUGUUUGAAGAAGAACUUGCCUGUGAAUGUGAAGUGGCUUCUUUGCGGCUGCCUGUGCUGUUGCUGUACAGUAGGCUGCAGUCUAUGGCCUGUUAUCUGCCUCAACAAGAGAACGAGACGGUCUAUUCAUAAGUUGUUAGAGUGGGAAAAUAACCGAUUAUACCACAAGCUGGGUCUGCACUGGAAACUCAGUAAAAGAAAAUGUGAAAGCAGUAAUAUGAUGGAAUAUGUAAUUCUUAUAGAAUUCUUACCCAAAUAUCCUAUAUUCCGACCGGACUGAGGAGGCUGUUACUGUAAAAGACUGGAUGCAUGGCCCUUGAAUCUUAUCCUUAGUGCCUUGUAUAUACAGUAUGUCGGAAUAAGGGUCUGCACCAAUGUCUCUCGUGAUGACCCUGUACAUCUCCCUGUACCUUGUACUUUAGAAUUUGCAACACUGUCACUUUGCUUUAGAGCAGAUUUUGCACAUAUUUCUUCCUGACAGAACUAGACAUGUCCCCUUUGUUGCACUCGGAUGUGUUUUUUGUGACAAACAAGUGAAACCCUCAAAAAGUGCAUUAACCCCAAAGAACCUUCAACCUGUAUCCCAUCUAUUAUAUCAGUAAUCCCUUGCAAAGAAUGUGAUGCCUCCACCUUCCUUAACUAUCCUUGCCUUAUGUAUGAUUUUCUUUUUAUAACUACAUGUAAGAGAAGUGGGAAGGCACUGGGUAAUUCAACAAGUCUGUAGAUUCAAAUGCUGUUUGUUGGGUUUCCUCUCUUCGAAACCACUUCUUUGCAAGUAGAUGGGAUGGUUGAAAUUGCCUAAUGUACAGUGUACGCCAUCACCCUGUGUUAACUCUUUACAUUUGACCCUCUGUAUAUGGGAACUAGCUAGUAAUAACUUGACCUGUAAAUACCAUGUUUUAGAAUAAGCUGUACAGUGGUAUACCAUUGUUUACAUAAAGUUACUUAGCUCUAUAGUUUGUUUGCCAAUAUAUUGCUGUACCAUAGUUUUAAAUAAUGAAAGAUGUCUAUGUACCUUUCUAGUUUAUAUGGACCUGUUUACCUUGUAAGCCAUAUAGUUACAAUGUACAUGAUGCCAGAGUUAGGACUGAUUAUUGCACUUGAGAAAGUCAGGAUUUCAGACAAUGAUGCAUCCUGAAGAUUCAUCCACAGCAGUGCAUGUUACCAUGUGGUCUUUGCCAAUUAAGAUGACAUUUAAUGAGUUGUCAUCCAUUAAAACUGGAGAUGGUUGCAUCUCUAAUGUGCAGUUGGAAGAUUAUGAUUUGAUUUGAUUUAUUUAAUUGUAUCAAGAAUGCCUUACACAU